AUGGCUUCGACAUUACAUCCAUUCGACCCACUGACACCAGAGGAGAUUUCGCGCGCAGCACGAGUAGCCCGCCCUCACUUUGGCAGAUAUGCACCUAAUUUUCGCGUCAUUACUCUACAGGAGCCGCCGAAGGAUCAGAUGGUCGGUUUCCUUGAGCGAGAAAGCCUACGGCAACAUUCAGGAACUCCACCAGUAAGAUGUGCACGCGUCGAGGUCGUCGUGAAUGACGAAAUAGGAGACACCCAACUCUUUGACUUACUUGUCGACCUCGACAACGACAAAAUCUUGGCUAAGCAGCAUCAGCAUGGCAAGCAUUCAUACAUUGAUGCAGCCUAUAUGAAGCAGGUCGAGCAAGCAUGCCUUGCCAACGACGAUGUUCAGGCCGAGAUCAAGCGUCUAUUUCUACCCGAGGGAGCCAAAGUCGUGGUAGAGCCGUGGGCGUAUGCGACUGAUGGGCAGAACGACAUGAAGUCUCGUGUGUCAAUGUGCUGGUUCUACUUGAAUGUGUUGGGCAGUCCGGACGCCAAUUAUUACGCCUAUCCGCUGGAUAUCUGUGCUGAAGUGUCGGAAAAGCUACAGGUCACCAAGAUAUACCGGCUUCCGACUAAUCUGAAUGAGAGCAUACAUAACGAGCCACGUCCAUUCGAUCGGCGCAGAGUCCACCCGUCGUCGCUCAGCGAGUAUCACCCAGACCUUAGACCACCGCCGAGAACGACUCUCAAGCCGUUACAUAUUCUUCAGCCCGAGGGCCCGUCGUUUGAGGCUCAUGGAAAUCAUGUCACGUGGGAGAAGUGGUCAUUUAGGGUAGGAUUCAACUACCGCGAAGGAUUGACAUUACACGAUAUUCGGUACGAUUGUCGUAGUCUCUUCUAUCGUCUCUCGCUAGCCGAAAUGUUCGUCCCGUAUGGCGAUCCGCGUGCGCCAUAUCAGCGAAAGGCUGCUUUUGAUCUGGGCAACGACGGUGCUGGUAUCAACGCAAAUAACUUACAGCUUGGUUGUGACUGCCUCGGAACGAUCAAGUACUUCGAUGCCUACCAUAAUACUCCCGAAGGCGAGCCACUGCUCCUGCCCAACGUCAUCUGCUGUCACGAGCAGGAUGACGGCAUACUAUGGAAGCACACCAACUUCCGAACACAAAAUGCAGUCGUGACCCGAGCCCGAAUCCUUGUUCUGCAGACGAUCAUAACAGUCAGCAACUACGAGUACAUCUUCGCGUUCCACUUUGCCCAGGACGCAUCCAUCUUCUUCGAAGUUCGUGCUACAGGCAUUCUGUCCACUGUUCCUCAUCAGAUUGACUGCAAAGACAAAGUUCCUUUCGGGACAGUCGUAGCUCCUGGUGUCCUGGCGCCCUAUCAUCAGCACCUCUUCAGUCUCCGAAUCGAUCCUGCCAUAGACGGACAAGACAACUCGCUAGUCAUCGAAGAAUCGAAAGCACUACCAAUCGACGAUCCGGAGGUACAUAACCCCUUCGGCAUAGGCUACUGCACGGAAUCUCACAUAGUAGAAGCAGAAGGCGGCUUCGACCUGGACAUCAACAAGGCGCGUGUCUUCAAGUUCAUCAACGAAGAGAAGAUGAACCCAGUAACCAACUCGCCCGUUGGAUUUAAACUGCUCGCAUGUCCUAGCCAGAUGCUCCUCGCCCACCCAAACUCCUACCACGCUAAGCGAUCCGAGUUCGCCAAGCACGCCGUCUGGGUUACACGCUAUGAAGACAACGAUCUAUUUCCAGCGGGACGCUACACAAUGCAGUCGUCUGGCGGUGAUGGUAUCGCUUCUGGUAUCCGUAAGCGGCAGUUGGACGGUACGGCGAAGCCGGUCAGGAACGCAGACAUUGUGAUCUGGCAUACCUUCGGCUCCACUCAUAAUCCACGCAUCGAGGACUGGCCGGUCAUGCCGAACGAAAAGAUGAUGGUUGGGCUGAAGCCUGUCAAUUUCUUCACUGGUAAUCCGGCGUUGGAUGUGGCGGUGUCGGCACAAGAGAAGAACAGAAGUACACUGUAUGGGGCUGGACAACAAUCGCGGAGAAAAUGUUCCCAUUUUACGUCGCAGCUGUAG